CUUCAGGGAAAGGUAUCGGCAAAUAAGGGAGAGAUAGGAGACGCCACUCCUUUCAACGAUACGGUGAACGUGCAGAAGAUCUCUGAUUUACUUCAUGAAUACAACUAUCAAUUGCGAGGCUAUGAAGUGAUGUACAACGCGCACACCGGGAGGAAAGUGAGCGCUCAGAUAUUCAUUGGUCCGACUUAUUAUCAGAGACUCAAGCAUAUGGUCGACGAUAAGAUCCACUCGAGAGCCAGAGGACCAGUUCAGAUACUGGUCAGACAGCCUAUGGAAGGUCGGGCGCGCGAUGGAGGCCUACGUUUUGGUGAGAUGGAGAGAGAUUGUCAGAUAUCUCACGGCGCCGCCCAGUUCUUAAGGGAAAGGCUGUUUGAAGUGUCAGAUCCCUAUCGCGUCCAUAUUUGCAACUUGUGUGGACUCAUAUGUAUCGCCAACUUAAGGAACAACACGUUUGAGUGUAAAAAUUGUCGCAACAAAACCCAGAUAUCUCAGGUCCGGGUGCCCUACGCCUGCAAACUCCUUUUCCAG